UGGCGGUUUGUAUUUGAAAAAUGAAGAAUUACUGCUUGAAGUAAAGACCAGCCCCUUUAAAGGGAUAGUGGGCUGGAAAUACCAUUCCCUCUUUGGAGCGAGAUUGUGAUGGACGGUCGACGAAAGAGUCGUAAAGCUGCGCCGUCCCGCGUGCGAGAUACAGCGCGCUUCAUUCUUUCUCCUCAGAGUCGCCCUUCAGCUGAGUCAGCGAUCAAAUGCCCAUGCCCCUUUUUGACACUUUACAGCGCUUUAUCAGUCACCAGUUUUUCUUUCCCGUUGAGUUUACUGAUUGUUCGCUUUUCACUUGCCAUUAGGCACUUUGUAGGCCUGCCUCUUGUUGGACAGAAAGGCAGGAUAUAAAAUACUUUAGAUAAAUAAACUAUACAUUACCUCUUGCUUCAAAUGCCAGUGGACUCAGAGGAGUAAAUAAAGUAAAUGCAUGAUCUGUGAGCCUGACCGGGAUACUUAAAACAUGUUUCCAGUAAAGUGAUACAGCCAGCUGCACCACUUCCAGCUGCAGGUUUUGUAUAAGGGCAAGCAAACUAAGGACCAACUGUGAGAAGACUGAAAAACACAGUGUGCCAACAUGUCGGCCAGAGGUGGAAAGAAAAAAAUGACCAAGAUGUCACGGUCCAGCAGAGCAGGUGUUAUUUUUCCAGUGGGGAGAAUGAUGCGAUACUUGAAGAAAGGAACAUACAAGUUUCGGAUAGGAGUGGGAGCUCCAGUCUACAUGGCAGCUGUCAUAGAAUACCUAGCAGCAGAAAUAUUGGAAUUAGCUGGUAAUGCUGCAAGAGACAACAAAAAGGGAAGAAUUGCUCCGCGCCACAUCCUUCUGGCAGUUGCAAAUGAUGAGGAACUGAAUCAGUUGCUAAAAGGAGUGACCAUUGCAAGUGGAGGUGUUCUACCCAGAAUUCACCCAGAACUUCUUGCCAAAAAACGAGGCACCAAAAGUAAAUCUGAUACUAUCCUUUCACCUUCUCCAGAGAAGAGAGGAAGGAAAUCUUUGGGGACCAAGAAAACUGGAAAGAAAGCAAAGGCUGCCAAAGCCAGGACACCCAAAAAGAACAAACAGAAGGAAAAUGAAAAAGAAGGAGCAUCAAAUUCAGCAUCUGAUGAUGGCCCUGGAGAUGGAUUCACCAUACUGUCUUCUAAGAGCCUUGUCCCAGGGCAGAAGCUAUCUCUGACACAGAGUGACAUCAGCCAUAUUGGUUCUAUGAAAGUAGAAGGCAUUGUGCACCCAACUACUGGUGAAAUAGACCUCAAGGAGGAAGUAGGAAAAGCACUGGAAAAGGCUGGAGGGAAAGAGUUCUUAGAAACAGUAAAGGAACUACGUAAAUCUCAAGGACCCCUGGAAGUCACAGAAGCUGCUCUCAGCCAGUCCACUGGCCUAGCAGCAAAAUUUGUCAUUCACUGUCACAUCCCUCAGUGGGGUUCAGACAAGUGUGAAGAACAAUUGGAAGAGACUAUAAAGAACUGUUUAACUGCUGCAGAAGACAAGAAGCUGAAGUCUGUGGCUUUCCCACCUUUCCCCAGUGGCAGAAAUUGCUUUCCAAAACAGACUGCAGCCCAGGUGACUCUCAAAGCCAUUUCUUCCCAUUUUGAUGACUCCAGCCCUUCUUCCUUGAAGAACAUUUACUUCCUGCUUUUUGACAGCGAGAGCAUUGGCAUCUACGUGCAAGAGAUGGCAAAGCUAGAUGCAAAGUAGCAACAGAAGCCAAAUGAAAUUUUAUUUUUCAACAUGAAUAUGAGUAGGAACGAGAAUUAGAAGUGGGUUUUAUUUUUAAAAUAUUGUGAGGACGGAGUAUGUGAGUAGCUUUGAAGUUUUGUGAUGGGUGGAGGGCUUUUGUUAUGGAAAACAGGGGAAAGUGUUUGGGAGAGUUUGAUUUGCAAUUAUAUCAUGCUUUAGACACCCUCUACCAUUUUGUAUCAUCCCCAAGAAAUUACGUUGUCAACUCUUUCUACAUUUUAAUAUGUCUCAAGUUAUUUUAGUUUAGAUUUCUUUAAUCUCAUUUUAGAGUAGCAAACAAUUCAACACACAAAAUGAAUGGGGAAAUGUGAAUUGUUUGCUGCCCUUUCUUUUCCCACUGGUAGUUAGAAAACUUUAUGUUGUGUCUACAUUCCAUGUUGAAGAAAGUAAUUUCAAAGAAAACUCACUUGGUGCUUUACUGUUUUACCCCCGAAAGAUCUGUAAUUGCUGAGAAUAUUUCAUCUUAUUUGUUUUUAUAAAAAAAAUGGCAUCAUGCUUUUUUAAAACUUUAAA